CAGCUGAGCAGCCGCUAUACACGUGUGUUGCACUCGCGUCGGAUACUCGCUCCGGAUACACACAAAGAAUCCUUGAUCUCUCACAUAUAUCGCAGUGAAGAUUGCAGUAUCAUCCUAUUUGCUCAAGGAGGAGGAGAAAAUAAGAUGGCUACUUCGGAGGAUGCAUCCUUACCUCCAAGCACAUCUGCUGGAUUUUCUGAUGCCCUGACUCAUUUCUUGCUGGUGGUAGUUGGAGAACCAUUAGAGGAGGAUUACAUCGAUGUGAUCUUGGCAGAAGUCGAGAAAGGUCUGAAGAACUGGAAUAUUGAUGGAGAUUUAAUAGACUACAAUGACGUCCUCAAAUCUGUAGCAGAGGCUAAUCCAGUCAAGACUGGGCUAGUCCAUGUCAGCUUUGGUUAUUGUGGAGCCCAUCUUGGUAUAGUAGUCCUCAUCAACCCUACAUCGGAGUAUCUCUCUCAGGAGCUACGUAGCCUCCUGGCCCACCCUUCAGUCAACAAGCAUGUCUCCUUUGGAGGACACUCUCUUGAAGGUACCGGUGACUGGGUCCUCCAUGAUGACACCUAUACGCUUCAUGAUGUCUCGGAGGUCUUCUGUGAGCCUGAUGUGGAUGCCGCACUGCUCAAGGCCUCCCAGGAUGAGAAGCAAACAUUGUGUCUCUCUGGAUGUCAUUGGUCCACUGCAGCCGUUACUAAGGAACCAUUUAGUAAGAGCCUCAAUCUAGCUAUCAACCCUCAGGAAGCAAAGCAUGAAGUUGAGGGUGUAUCCAUACUUCUAGAGACCAUCAGGUCCAGGAUUGAGGUGCCAUCGCCCUUUGAUCUGCUGGAACCACCAACCAUGGGUGUAGGCAUCAAGUGUAAGAUUACCAAGCCUACUGUCCUCAUCUUCCCUGCAGCUAAGGGUGACUGUGCCUUCUUUGCAGUCAGUGACUUCAGUCUCUUUGUUGGUGGAGGCUAUAGCAUCAAGAGUUGCUUCUGGAAGUUCGCCAAGCAUCUGCACAGGGUGGAUGCUGUGAUCCUACCCCAUACUCGUCCCGACACUGUCAUUGGUAUCAACAGUCUGCUCAAGAGGAAGAUCGCUGAGAAGCAGCUCGAGGGCCCUGAGAUAGGCGCAGAGGGCUAUGAAGAUUGGCAGAUCAAGUGCAACUCACCAGAAGUUGGUGUCGUCUACAUGAAUGCUCCUGACAACAAGCAAUCGCCAAAGAGUCUCGUCUUGAAGACAGUCAGUCAAGGAAACAAGACCACAAAAUUACUACAGCAGCUGUCCAUUAAGCCGUUCCCCUGCACAGCAAACGGUGGCAAGGAAAUCAAACCCAUCACACUCUAUCUUAAGGUAGGCAUAGGGAAGCUAGACAUGUACAUCUUAUCCCCUACCCAGGAUAGCAAGGAGUUGAAGGAUUUCCUGCAGCAAUGGAGUGCAGGAAAGGCAUUUGGCAAGGUGAAGACAGGAGUGAAGGUGAAUGGCAAGGAAUCAGAAGUGACCCUUCCCAAUGCUUGCUCCAUCUGUGCUCUGAUGGUAUGGCAGCCUGCAAGUCCUCAUGAGAACAUCGUCAGGGUACUCUUCCCCGGGAAUGCCCCUCAGAGCAAGAUCAUAGAAGGGCUAGAUAGAGUCAAGCAUCUUGAGUUCUUAAAGUUCCCAGAUGCUGUACAAGCCAGUUCAGGGAAGAUAACAGCAAUGAAGAAGAAAGAUGUGACAGCAAUGAAGAAGGCAGCAGCUAAUGGAAGUGGAGCAGUCAAUGGCUCUGUCAAUGGAAAGACGUCUCAAAUGAAAGAAGCCAAUGCAUGCACAGACGGUGUUCAUUGUAACACACCCCCUCCGUCCCCUUCAGGGGUCUGCACCGAUGGUGUACAUUGUAAUACACCCCCUCCAGGGAACGUAUGCACUGAUGGCGUACAUUGUAACACACCGCCACCAGCUAAUGUAUGCACUGAUGGUAUACAUUGUAACACGCCACCACCAGACAAUGUUUGCACCGAUGGUAUACAUUGCAACACGCCACCACCAGACAAUGUCUGCACCGAUGGAAUACAUUGCAACACGCCACCACCAGACAAUGUCUGCACCGAUGGUAUACAUUGCAACACGCCACCACCAGACAAUGUCUGCACCGAUGGAAUACAUUGCAACACGCCACCACCAGACAAUGUCUGCACCGAUGGUAUACAUUGCAACACGCCACCACCAGACAAUGUCUGCACCGAUGGUUUACAUUGUAACACGCCACCACCAGACAAUGUCUGCACCGAUGGUAUACAUUGUAACACGCCACCACCAGACAAUGUCUGCACCGAUGGUAUACAUUGUAACACGCCACCACCAGACAAUGUCUGCACCGAUGGUAUACAUUGUAACACACCACCACCAGAGAAAGAUAUCAAUGAAGAUGAUGCUGCUAACUUUAACUUGAACCAACAUCCAGUGAAAUUCAAUUUUGAUGGAGUUAAGGGUAGCGAUAAUGUGGAUAACAAUCGUUGUGAGGAUGGUGUUCACUGUAACACUCCUCCCCCUGAAGAUGACUAUGAGCAAAAUGGAGUUAAUGGUGAUGUAGCUGGCAUGGCAUCUGGGCAUGGAGAUGAUGCCUUUGUAGCUUCUGGUGACAGUCAGCUACCUGAGAGUCAACAGGGAAUUGAGAGCGAUGUUAACUUCAACCCUACACAUCCAGGAUUGACAAAGAUUGACACAAGCAGACUUCAGGGUAGAGGUUCCCCAGAAAGACUUGCCUCUGGUGAGAUAACUCCUGCAGACAUGGUAGAGUAUGGCAUGGAUGAGGACUCUGAUGGAUUUUCAUCAGGUCAUGGGACUGUAGGGAAUACCCCAGACCAGCCAGAGCCACCCAGUGAUCCAGCAAAAGAGGACUUUCCUGCAGCUGAUUAUGGGCCACCUGUUAGUGAAUUACCUGAGAUUCAAUCAGAACAGACAUCAUCAGGGGUAGACAUGGAAGAUGCAUCAUCACCAAGUGACCAGCCACAUCCAUGGGAGCCUACCAUUGAGCUUUCAGCAGAUACCACAGUAGAAUCUUCCCCUGCUCAAGAUGUCCUUUUGGGCUCUCCUGAGAUACAGGUCACAGAACCAGCAGAAAUGGUUUCAGAAGCCCGAGAUGCUGAUGAUAAUAUUGGCCAGCACGGUGCGCUUGAAGCAAGCUGUGAGCUGGAUGAGUCAUCUGAAGAAAUCUCCCAGGCAUCUGAGAUUGAAGUUAAGCCAAAUCUCCUAGAGGAUGAUGCUGAAGAUGUAUCAGAUCCACAACCAGAAUUAAUGCAGUAUUUUCGCAAUGUGGAAGAAGAAGAAGAGAAAACCAAGAUGGACUCUUCCUUGCCAGAAGCAGAAUUUACCUCCCAGGCUGACAUGGAGCCAAAAGAUCCUCUGCAUGUAGAGACUGAUGAUCCAUACUUAUUAAGUAAUGCACCCGAGGCAGAGCAAGAACGUGACGUUGGGGAGGAUACCACAUACUCCAGGGAACCUGCUACCGAACCUGAAGCAGAUCAACAAGUCCUUGCGGAAGAAAGUCAUGUAAUAGAAAGCGAAUUUGCUGCACCUCCUGAAUUUGCAGCACCUCCUGAAUUCUCAGCACCUCCUGAAUUCUCAGCACCACCUGAAUUUGCAGCUCCGCUAGAUUUUGGAGAUGAAGCGGGCAUGGUUGAUGAACAGAACGUUCUUGAUGAAGAGAUCACCAAGGAGACUGAUCUGGAUGAAGCAAUCAAAGAAAGAGAUCUAGAUGAGGAAGCAGAAGGCCAAGAGGUAGUCCAGGAAACCAAUUUGGAUGAAGUUGAAUCAGAAAUGAAAUACUCAGAGGAAUCUGCAGUGCAGGAGGAAGUCAAUUUACAAGAAACUGACCUUGAUGAUUUUACAAUGGGUGUUCGGCAAGAGACUGAAGCAGACGUCUCUCCCAAUCAAGCACCUGCAGAGGAAUUCAAUAUGGACUUUAGUGGUGCUGUUGAAGUAGAACAGAUCCAUGACCAAGAUAUCAAUGUUGCAGCGGAAGUCUAUGGGCAAUCAGAACAACCUGAAGAAGAUGAAGUAGUGGAAGUAAGACAGAGCCAUGAUGAUAAGACAAAUGAUGCACGUGAGGUCUUUGGGCAACCAGAACAACCGGAAGAAGAUGAGGAAGUAAGACAGAGCCAUGAUGAUAAGACAAAUGAUGCACAUGAGGUCUUUGGGAAACCAGAACAACCGGAAGAAGAUGAGGAAGUAAGACAGAGCCAUGAUGAUAAGACAAAUGAUGCACAUGAGGUCUUUGGGCAACCAGAACAACCGGAAGAAGAUGAGGAAGUAAGACAGAGCCAUGAUGAUAAGACAAAUGAUGCACAUGAGGUCUUUGGGCAACCAGAACAACCGGAAGAAGAUGAGGAAGUAAGACAGAGCCAUGAUGAUAAGACAAAUGAUGCACAUGAGGUCUUUGGGCAACCAGAACAACAGGAAGAAGAUGAGGAAGUAAGGCAGAGCCAUGAUGAUAAGACAAAUGAUGCACAUGAGGUCUUUGGGCAACCAGAACAAACUGAAGUAGAUGAUGCUCUUAUCCAAGAAUCUGCUCAAGAAAUCGUUCAAGAGGUUGUUGGUGCUGCAGUAGGAGUUGUUGAAAGGGACCAAAUGCUCAGUGAAGACUUGAUGCAAGAUGAUGUAGUUCAACAGGACACUUUUCCGGAUGCACAAGAAGACUUUGGAACAGAUGUUGAUGCAGUGCCAGAGGACAUUCCAGCUGUUGAAGAAUCGUAUGUGAUUGAAGAUAGUGAGGUAAAAGAAGAAGUGGUUUCUGUCACAGAGCCAACCAUUUCAGAUUCUUUGGAGCAGAAUGCCUCUGAUUCUUUAGAGGAUCUGCAGAAUGAAGCUGCUUCAGAUGUUGACAUUCCUCCUGUGAUUGAGGAAGAAGUUAGUGUACAAGUUGAGGAACAACAGGAAUUAGAACCGGAGGGAAGCCUUAUGCUUGAAGCAACCUUAGCUCCUGCUGUGGACGUAGGUGGAGCCAAUCUGCUGGCAGACAUGAGGGAGGAUAGCGUAAUUACGCCGGAGGUAGAAGUUGAAGUGAAACCUGAACCGGCUGUUGAACCAAUAAUAUCUGAUGAACCAAUGAUUCCUGAUCAUUCUUCUCCACCAAUUGUGCUGGCAGACAUGAGGGAGGAUAGCGUAAUUACGCCGGAGGUAGAAGUUGAAGUGAAACCUGAACCGGCUGUUGAACCAAUAAUAUCUGAUGAACCAGUGAUUCCUGACCAUUCUUCUCCACCAAUUGAAGAACCAAAACUACAAGAGUCACAAGAACCAGAUACAGUACUCACAGAACCAGACCUCCUGCAAGAGAGCCUGGGCAAUGUUCCUGAAUCACCAACAGUACAACCAGAACAGCAAACUCAAAGUACAGCAGUGCUCUUAGGAAGUUCAUCUGUCUCCUCUGUUACUAAAUCGACCAAAAGCUCAAGUGAGUCCAGUGGGAAGCGUACACCAUCACCAGUCAAGUCAUCAAGCAAGAACUUGAAAGAUAAAGACAAGACAAAGAAAGCAACUGAUAAGACAAAGGCUUCUGAUUCUAAGACGAAGACUGCAACUAGAAGCCCAUUAUCAUCGAAAACGACAGAGAAAAAGACAAGUGCAAAGACUUCCGUGACUCCCUCUGUCAAGAAGGCUGUCUCUGAGAAGAAAACUCCUUCCGAUACAAAGUCAACAGUCAGAAAAUCACUCAUAGAAAAGAAAACUACAGAAAAGAAACCAGCUGAUAAGAAGACUCCCGGUGAGAAAAAGACUGCAGCUGAGAAAAAAACUCCAGCAGAGAGGAAGCCGCCUAUGAAGUCAAGAUCACCGCCUUCAUCCAGUAGAGGGACUGAGAAGAAGUCAUCUUCUGUGGCAUCUAGGAGCAGUCAACAGGAAUCAUCGGCAAGUGCAGAUGGUCCAUCAAAGAAAGUAAAUGGAGUCUCAUCAAAGACUACAACUCAGAAGAAGACUAGCACUCUUGCAUCAACGCCAACAAGCAGACCAGGGGCUAAGCAACCAGCUUCACGUCCAUCAACUGCCGGAAGGCCAACCUCGGGAGCGAGUAAAACCGGAGACUCCAAGAAAACAAGUGAUAGGCCAACCAAAUCAGCGCCUUCCUCUAGAGGAGAUGCCAAGUCAAAUGGUGUAAAGAAAGCUACGGCCAAGUCAGCCCAGCCUUCUAAAGUAGCAAGCAUUCCAGCCAGUGGGCCUGCCGUUUAUCUAGACCUUGCCUACAUACCUAACCAUGCCAGUGCGGAUAGUAUCAACUCAGAGUUCUUCAGACGAGUCAGGGCCAAGAACUACGUCAUCAGUGCCAAUGACAAGGCAAGGAACCAACCUGCGGUAGCUGUUCUUGAUGCGCUCCUGGAAGGUAAGAUGAAAUGGGAAGAUGCAGAGGCAGAGAUCACCGUUAUUCCAACUUACGACUACUUAUCUCUACGGGACUGGGAGCUCACCAAGCAUCAAGAACUCUCCAAAGCCAAGAUUGAGAUCUCGCAGCCUGCUUGCAGGAGCAUCGUUCAAAUGAAAGAUGAAAACUUCUUCAUGUACAAGGUAGAGUUGUAAUGGCUCUCUGAUGACCAUCCUUGAAUGAGAGUAUAUGAAUGUUCAAUCCACUUAGAUAGAAGAUUUAGCUUUUUCUAUUCACAAAAGUGUCCAAGAUACUUUAUGCAAUGUCUGUUACUUUUCUUUUUCUGUAUUGUUUGUUGUAAAAAAUAAUGUAAUUGUAUAAAGAAACCAAAGUAUGUUUAAAAGAUAAUGGCAUGAAAUGCCUAAAAUACAUAAACUAUGUACAGUUUGUUUGUGCGUGAAGAAUAAGAUGAAUGGUAUUCCACUCAUCACAGAAUGAUUGUGGUAGAUUAAAAUCGAAAAAAUGGCUUUUAAAAAAUGUCAUAAAGUAUAGCUAAAUGUGAUGUGGUACAUAGUGCAUUGUAAGCAUACAUGUAUCAAUAAGGUACUUAAAUUGAAAGCUUUGCUUUCUAAGAAAAUCAUGAAAUAUAUUCAUAACAACUGAAUAAGGAUUAGCCCAUAUUCAGUUCAUAGCGUAGAAAGAAUGGAAGCCCAUUGUGAUGUCAGAGGUAAACCUUUGAUAAUUUGUUUAACCGUAGCAGUAAUGUUAUUGCUUUAUCAAAGGGUCAUUGACCUAUUCUGCGAAGAAUCAUGCAACAGUGAUAAAGUCAUGUGCAACAGGACAAAACAAAUUAUUGUGAAACUUUCUUUAAGUCAAAUCAGAUCAAACAAAAAGCAGAAUUCUAGUAUGAAGUGAUUUUUAAAAAUUAUCCUAGAAAAAAAAAUUACCUUGUAAAAUUAUUCAUAGCUCUACAAUGUUUUGAGAUAAAGUAUGGACUUCUAUACUCCCUUAGAUACAGGUUUACUCAGUCCUUUAAAAAAGACAUCAAUAAAAGCAUGAAUCAUUUUUUAACGUCAUGUAGUGAUAAUAAUGCUGAUAUAAUAUCUUUACAUGCACAUUAUUCAUUCCUGUGUCAUGAGCUUGUUAUGAAGUACUUGCAUGAAAAACAGAAGUCAAGACUAUUUGUUUCAAAUUGAAUAGAUUCUCUUGAAAUAUUUCUGGCCUGUAGGACGCUUGAUGUAAAUGUUUACAUCUAUGAGCGCUUACAGAGUUGGACAGAAGUCUCUCUGUGCACUUUUCAAAAUAAGAAUCUGAAUGUGUGGAAUUGGUAAUCUGAUAUCAUUCCGUUGUAGACCUAGACCAAGGCUGAGUAGUCCUGGUCCUACAUCCAAAGGAAGAUGUGCUUUGUUAAACUAAAUUAUCUUAAAUGAGUUGACACAUUGAUAUAAUGUGAAAUAUUUACAGGUUUGCUGAGAUGAAGUUUUUAUCAUACAAGAAUAGAAAAGUCGCUCCUGGAGAUAUUCUGGAUUUCACGUCGUGUAUGAUAACUCAUAGCAUGUUUAUCAAUUACAGUUUGGUCCUAGAGUCAUUACAAACAAUGUGGAAUUGAAUAAUUGCUCUAUCAAACUCUGUUAACACUCUUAACUGCAGAGGACGUUCCACACAACAAGUAUUAGACCCAGUUUUAUGGUAUUUAAUAGGAAUAUAAGCUUGAUUGUAAACAAUAUUUCAGUAUAGAAAAAGUUUCCCCCACAAUGUUAUAUUUGGUGAUAUUA